AUGGUCUCCACACUCUUACGGACAACGUAUCGUCGUCAGCUUCAUGCCACUCAAGUGUUUACGUGGUAUAUGAAUGCUCGCACUUUUUCUAUACCUGCACGUAAUCCUUCACUUGAUUCAUGGAAAGAAGAGGAUAAGAUUUAUUUCCAACAGCUUCUGAAGCCCGAGAGUGUACUAUCUAAUACCGAUGAUACUGAAAUGUACACAGUGGAUUGGCUGAAAAAGUAUAAAGCUCACAGUAAUCACCAGAUGGUACUCAAGCCAAAGACUACGGACCAAGUCUCAACUAUUUUGAAGUAUUGUAAUGACCGCAAUUUGCCAGUAGUACCACAGGGUGGCAAUACAGGACUCGUGGGUGGUAGUGUACCGGUUUACGACGAGAUUGUGCUGUCCAUGAAUUCUAUGAACAGUGUGAUCUCGUUUGAUAAAGUAUCUGGUAUCUUGGUAUGUGAAGCGGGUUGUAUCUUGGAAAACUUGGACAAUUACGUAGCCAAGUAUGGCUAUAUGAUGCCGCUAGAUCUUGGUGCUAAAGGCACGUGUCAAAUUGGUGGUAAUGUCGCGACAAAUGCUGGUGGUCUGAGAUUGCUGCGUUACGGCUCGUUGCAUGGUACAGUGCUAGGAAUUGAGGCAGUGCUGGCUGAUGGCACAGUCAUUGACUGUCUAAGUACCAUGCGCAAAGACAACACUGGCUACGAUUUAAAGCAAUUAUUUAUUGGAUCGGAAGGUACAUUGGGCGUCGUCACGAAAGUAUCGAUUCUGACACCACCCCGCUCAUCUUCUACGAACGUGGCGUUACUGGCUUGUGAGGACUUUGUGUCCGUCCAGAAGGCGUUUGUGGAAGCAAAAAAACAUUUAGGAGAAGUGCUGUCGGCGGUGGAGUUCAUGGACCGUCAGUCGCUGGAUAUGGUUUUGUCCCAGCAAGACUGGACGAAGGAUCCACUUGAGACGCCAAGUCCUUACUACAUGUUGAUUGAAACAUCAGGCAGCAAUGCCGGUCAUGACAUGGAGAAGCUCAACGAGUAUCUGGAGAAUGUUAUGGAAUCUGGCGUUGUUGUCGAUGGAACUGUGGCUCAGGAUGAAGCUCAAGCUCGCAAGCUAUUUUUGAUCCGAGAAGAUAUCACUGUUGCUCUUACUGCGCGUGGGUAUGUUUACAAGUACGACGUGUCAUUGCCAAUUGAGCAAUAUUACAAAAUCGCUGAAGAAGCUCGAGCGAGACUCGCAUUAACGGAUGCUAAGGUCGUUUGCUACGGCCAUAUUGGCGACUGCAAUGUUCAUCUAAACAUUUCUACGCUGGAGUACGACGAACAGGUGUUCAACGCGCUGGAGCCGUUUAUGUUCGAGUGGACGUCCAAGCAUCGCGGGAGUAUUAGCGCUGAACACGGUAUUGGUACGCACAAACCUGAGUACCUUCACCUGUCCAAGUCUGCCAAUGCGAUCAGGCUUAUGCAGCAGAUGAAGACGAUGAUGGAUCCUAAGGGAAUUUUGAACCCAUACAAGGUUCUUCCAGCGACCAAGUAA